GUGCUGCCGUGGCGUACUGAUACAGCGCUGUUGUUCGGUCCUGCGCGUCACGCCGUGGCAUUCGCAUUCUUUGUUCUUGUUCUGGCCAUCACAUUUUCCUCCCUCUCGUGACAAGACCAAACCCGGCCUCACCUUUCUUCAGCACACUAGAUUCAUCACUGUCCUGCUCGGCACCAUCAAUGUCUUUAUAGGCGUCCGACAUCACUGAUAUCACUGCCCAAAACCUCAUGCCGUUGCUUUUGCUUACACGCGCUCUUAGGCUCACCACCGACACCGCCGACGACACCGCCGACGACACGAUAACUAAACCGCGACCACUUUACGAUAAAUGCAACACACAACCUCGCGCAGGGUCGGAAGCUAGUCCCGAAGCAGACGUCGACGAUCCAGAUCCGCGUCUGUUGCCAGUCCUCGAUGAGACAUCAGAGGCUGCUUCUUGGAAUGAACAAACUCGGCUCGUUCGCCCCCUCGCCGCUCCUCUCCCACGUACCGACGAUGGCCUUCAACUACAACAACCUGUUUCUCUCGGCUUCAGCCAGGACUGGAGUCCAACCAGAGACACUGUUAGGCUGCAUUUCGUCACCCACGAUGAGAAAUGUGCCGUUGCCUACCAAGACACUCCCCAGGAACCAUCACCACUUCAGGCCUCUCCAGUAGCACUGCCUCAUCUUCCCAACGAGCUCCCGGCUUCCUCAGCUUCUGUCCCGCGGCAGCGUCUCGCAUUGUGCUUCCACGAAGACUGGCAGCCUGCCUCAGGUCCACUCCAGGUCCAGUUCGGCACCGACAACGCGAUCCACUGCAGUCUUGCUCCCGCAGGCGAGUGUGACAUCGAAGUGAUCGGGUAUGGAGAGACUCGAAACCCGUUCUUCGGCAUUUGUCAGAUGCUGCUUCAACGUUGGCUGGCGGACCAGAUGCACAAGCUGCGCGCACACUACGUCGCCUUUGCCACAGCUGCAUUCUUCUUCCUCCUUCUCUUCCCCAUUCUCCUCUGUAGCCUUGGCCUACCGACAUCUUCGUCCCAAUGGACCUUCAGCCAGAAAGAGGAGCGCCUCGGCCCCCUAGAAGCUCCCUUCGACCAUCUAUUACCCGAACUCUACACCAUCUAUCCACGGGCGCUGUUUCCUCUCGUCAGCCCUUCUCUCAAAGAACCAUUACUCAUCCUACAGCCGUUCGAGGAUUUAUGCCAAAUCAGAGAUGAGAUAAACGCAAUGUGCAGUUAUAUUGUAGUGUUUCAAGAUGAUGAUCGGCCCCCUCCCUGCAAAUCCAAGGAAUAUUCCGAUCUUCUUUCUCGAGCUGAGGAGGCCUACCACGAGCUCGUUUCUAAGCUUCAGGGCUGGGAUCCGCUAUGGAUGAAAGAGUUGCUCGCCCAUUUGGAGGACUUGGCCGUGUUCUUUCAUCAAUCUACCGCCAACCAUGACGAUGCAACCACAAUUCAACAUGUCAUGCACGCCACGAAGAACCAUCUUUCACAUGUCUUGGCGUGUCACAAGCGAUUCGUAAAGACUGUAAUAGACGCCCGCUACACCCUCGAGGAAGCCCGCCGCCUUGAGCAACAAGAUAUCCUCCCAAUGUUUCACAGUACCAUGCGCUCCACACCAACCGGUCCGUACAAGCUAAUCGCUGCCGAUGCCUUCCAUUACUACCAGAAAGUCUUGGUUCCUAGGCGCCAACUCAUACUAGAUCGUCUACAGCGUGCCGAAGAUGAGCUGGCAAGCGCGGCCGUUAUCCUCGACCAUCUAGGCAACAUGGCUGUUGCGGCAGACUCGUGGUCAAAAAUCUUGAGUACUCAGAUCGAUGUUGAUCUUCAGAACCGCCACACCACGACAGUGAUACGAUCCAUCUCGUGGCGACCAUACGUCAACGGAACCCACUUGGUUAGCUGUUUGGAGCAGGCUGCCCGUUUGCUGAAGCAUCAGAUGGACGAGGCUGCCGAGGAGUAUGCAGUGGUUGAUAAACAGGUCCCUGCAGAUGCAAAUAAGAGACCCCCGAGACCGCCGGAACCCAUCAUCGAAUUUGAGUACACUCGCGGUGGCUGGCUUGAGUGGCUAGCGGGCGAGGCACCUCCAACAAACACAGAACCGCUUCCAACUGAUCAUCCACUGUGGGAAUCUUUUGAGUUCUUCAAGAAUGCGACUUUCAAGUUCGGAUUUUUUUAACCCGGCUGACCUUUCCACCACCCAGUGGUAAGAAGGGCAAAUAGAUCAGUAGCUUAAUUUAGUAUUAUUCUGUCUGAGUUA